AUUGUAACAUCUAUGGGUAAAUACUCUAUUGUCUUAAACUCUUUGGAUGAACGAUCGAGUGUGAGCGAGACGAAUGUACGGUGAGUGAGUGAGAAGGAAGGAAAGGGGUCAUGGCGGUAAGACGGUUAUGAGUAAGUGUGGCUCUGUAUUUUAUAAAAGAAGAUUAUACAUAUUGUUGGAAGAAACUGAUUUUCCUUGCGAAGCCCCGUCCCUACAAAUUUUGGGGGCUCGUCCGGGAUAAUUAUCUUCGCGGUGGACGGUGUACUUCGUGAGAAAAUCUCAAUAAGACGUACGAGCACACGCGUACGACGACGCCAUUGUACCGGCCGGCGUGUUUCAAGAUUCAGACGGGAUCAUACGACGGAAACAUGCCGAAAGAAAGACGUAAAAGCCGACAAGACGACUAUGAAGAUUGUGAUGACGACAAUAUCACGCAUAACCCGACGCACAUGUUGCAAUUGACGGCGGAGUUGGUGCCUAGAUACAGCGGGAGAGAUAAUACCUAUCCCGUGUCACGCUGGAUUGAAGACGUCGAGAGCAACGCGGAAAUAUUCGGUUGGUCUCCGUUGCAGCAGCUGCUGGUGGCACGAAGGUCACUGACGGACACUGCGCAGCUGUGGCUCAGAUCCGAACGUCCGUUUAAGAGUUGGGACGACUUGAAAGCAGCGAUAUGUAAAGAAUUCCCAGACACCGUUGACAUCAAAGCCAUUCACGAACAAAUGAGUGCUAGAAAGAAGCGGGUGGAUGAAACAUGCCUCGACUAUAUGCUGAUCAUGAAGGAGUUGGGCAAGCGUGGCAAGAUGCCGGACUACGUUGCGAUUAAAUACAUCGUUGACGGAAUCGUGGACGUAGAAACAAACAAGAUCAUGCUUUACGGUGUUACAACCUAUAACGACUUAAAGGAGAAGCUUAAAAUCUAUGAAACGAUAUCAAGAAAAAUGCAGAGUGCUGUGCAGCAGAGGCGUGCAGUGAGUACAAGCAAGCAGCAGAGUGAUCGACGAGGGUCGUGGAAGAUUCGGUGCUAUAGCUGUGGAGAGACUGGACAUGCAUCAACUGAUUGCCCGCAUAAAAGCAAAGGUAUGAAGUGCUUUAAGUGCAACCAAUUCGGCCAUGUUGGAUCGGCUUGCACUUCGACUGCGACGGCGAAUCGGAAGACUUCGGAGGAGUUCGGUAAAUCUCGGCAAGACGACCACAGACAAAAGAAGAGCGCUAUGUUCGCGGCUGACAUCACUCGAGACUGCGGCGCCUCCAGCGGUGAGCUAUGGAACGAGCUACAAGACUACCAACAUCAUGACAAGAAGCGGACGAUGUUCACUACGUCAAACUCCAUAGAAGGCAGCGCCCCUAGCGGCUCCAGUACGAACGACGACGAACCAAAGAUGGCGACAUUUGUUUACGACGAGAUGUCAACAUUGUCAACCUCUCAGAUCAACAAAACGGAGGAGAAAAAGCCGGUUAUUGUGUUGACAAUGAAUGAAAUACAGCAAAAAGCGUUAGUUGACUCCGGCAGCGACGUGAAUAUCAUAUCGGAGGACGUUUACAUCGAGUUGGGAAAGCCCAAAUGUGAGAAAGAUGAUUUGGUGCUAUCUGGAAUUGGACAAGGAACAGUGCGUUCGUUGGGAAAGUGUCUCCUAAACCUGUGCGUAGACGAACAAUAUUAUUUAGACGUAAUAUUUCAUGUAAUAAACAAAGAGUAUGUACCUUACGACGUAAUACUAGGACAAGAGUUUUUGAAUGACGUAACAGUUGUGAUUAAAAAGGGUUGUGUAAAGUUUUAUACUAAAGAAUGGGAACGACUGGGAUGUUAUGUGAGUGAGGUAUGUUCAUCUAAUUCUGUUGUAGGUCCCAUGAAAGAUCCAGCUUUGAGAGAGGAAGUCAUCGAGUGUAUACAGAAGUACAAACCGGAACAGACGGAGGAAGCACCACUGCAGCUCAAGAUUGUGCUUAAGGAUGAGGUACCUGUAGCACUACGACCGCGACGACUGGCACUUAAGGAGCAGGAGAUUGUGGAGGAACAGAUUGCAGAAUGGUUAGAAAAGGACAUAAUACGCGUAAGUCACUCUGAAUAUAGUAGUCCAUUGGUUUUGGUCAAGAAAAAAGAUAAUUCCAUUAGAGUUUGCGUUGACUAUAGGAUGUUGAACAGAAAGAUUAUGAAAGACGAGUUUCCAUUACCAGUAAUUGAAGAUUUAAUAGAUAAAUUAAAAGAUGCCAAAGUGUUCAGCGUGUUAGAUUUAAAAAACGGGUUCUUUCACCUGAGAAGCGAUAUGGGUUAGAAAUGAAUUGGAAAAAGGCAAAAUUGGUUUGCAGAGAAAUAGAAUAUUUGGGACACUUGGUUAAAGACGGAGAGGUGAGACCGACCACUGAGAAGAUAGAUGCAGUGAUGAGAUAUCCAAAGCCAGCAACAACAAGGCAAGUUCGCAGUUUUCUUGGUCUAACCUCAUAUUUCCGAAAAUAUAUAAAAGAUUAUGCACAGAUAGCUAAACCACUAACAGAUUUAUUAAAGAAGGACAUUUUGUUUCAAUUUGGUGAUAAAGAGAUAAUAGCAUUUGAGACUUUGAAGCGAAAGUUAAGUGAUUCUCCAGUACUAAAGAUUUAUGACUCAAACCUACCUACUGAAUUGCAUACAGAUGCAUCAGCUGUUGCCUAUUCUGCGAUAUUAAUGCAGCAACAUGAAGAUGGUUGGCAUCCUGUAUACUACAUGAGUAAGAGAACCUCAGAAGCCGAAUCAAGAUAUACAAGCUAUGAGCUAGAAGCAUUAGCUAUCAUAGAGGGAGUG